AUGGCAACCUCAGCGAACCGCACCGUCCUCGCCGAACGACCAACCACAGCACCAACAAAAGCACGCGGGCCCACAGCGCCCAUCGACCCAGAUGCCACCGAGAUCAAGAGACGCGCCCUCGUCGCACAAAAGCAGUAUGGAAGAGGAGAUAAGAUCUCGACCCGCGGCGUGCAAGAUCGAAAACUGCGCGGCAAUCUGAGAGCGUUGGAGAACAAGUACAAGGACGCCGCCGUCCAGGCAAAAGACGCCGAGAUUCUGCUCGAAAACACGAGUGGCUUCCUGGAGACCGAGGGCGAGCUCGAGAGGACAUACAAAGUCAGGCAGGAUGAGAUUCAGAGCGAGGUCGGCAUCGAGACGGCAAAGAAGGGCUUUGAGUUGAGGCUGGACGGCAUGGGUCCUUACAAUGUCGACUACACGCGCAACGGUGUGCACAUGCUGCUCUCGGGUCGCAAGGGUCACGUCGCCACCAUGGACUGGAGAAAGGGCAAGCUGGGCUGCGAGCUGCAACUAGGCGAAACCGUGCGCGAUGCAAAGUGGCUGCACAACAACCAGUUCUUCGCCGUCGCCCAGAAGAAAUACGUCUACGUCUACGACCACCAGGGUGUUGAGAUCCAGACGCUGCAAGACCAUAUCGACGUCACACACAUGGAGUUCCUGCCCUUCCAUUUCCUCCUCACCACCAUUGGAAACGCCGGCUGGUUGAAGUACCAAGAUACCUCGACCGGCAAGCUCGUCGCUCAGAUUCCUACAAAGCAAGGUGCACCCACUGCCUUUGGCCAAAACCCUCACAACGCCAUCCUACACGUUGGACAUCAGAACGGCACAGUCAGCAUGUGGUCUCCCAACGACCAAAAGCCCCUCGUUAAAGUCCUCGCCCACAGAGGCCCCGUGCGCUCACUGGCUAUGGAUAGAGAAGGCCGCUACAUGGUCUCCACCGGUCAAGACUCCAAAAUGUCCGUCUGGGACGUCCGCAUGUUCAAAGAGGUCAACAACUACUUCUUGCGUUCUCCUGGCUCUUCCGUCGCCAUCUCAGACACAAAUCUUACAGCCGUGGGCUGGGGCACUCAAACCACAAUCUGGCGCGACCUCUUCAAANAAAACGUUGCUGACCAACAAAAAGUCCAAUCGCCGUACAUGGCCUGGGGCGGCGAAGGCAACCGCAUUGAGCGCGUUCGCUGGUGUCCCUAUGAAGAUAUCCUCGGUAUCUCGCACAAUAAAGGUUUCUCCUCAGUAAUCGUCCCUGGUGCUGGAGAAGCCAACCCUGACAGCUUGGAAGUCUUGCUCUACGAGAACCCCAAGCAGAGACAGGAACGCGAAGUCAAGGCUCUCCUCAACAAACUGCAACCGGAGAUGAUUUCGCUCGAUCCAGAGUUCAUUGGUCAGCUCGAUCGCGCAUCCCAUGCCCAACGCGAACAAGAAAGAGAUCUGGACAGAAAACCCGAAGACCCGUUUGCCAAGAUCAAAAACAGGGGUAGAGGCAAANACAGCAGUUUGCGCAAGUACCUGCGCAAGCAAGGCUCCAAGAACAUCAUCGACGAGCGCAAAGUCAGGAUCCAGGAACUCAGAAAAGAGCAGGCCAAGAGGAAUAACAAGGCUAGACAAGGCGAGGUCGAGCUGGGGCCUGCACUUGCGAGAUUUGCCAGGAAGGCUUGA